AUGUCCUCAGCACUGAACGUCGAGAGAACCUUUAUAACGAAAUCAAAUCAAGUGAAAUGCGUAGAUUUUCAUCCCGCUAAGACUACUUACGAUAGGAACGUUAGCGUAUGGACUUACGACGGUCAACAGAUUGUGAAGUCUUUCACUUUUGCGUCGCGCAAGGGUUGGAUAGUGACCGGAUCAGAUAAUAUGCACGUUAGAAUCUUUGAUUACAACUGUUUCGACCUAUUUCAUCAUUUUCAAACUCACUCGGACUACCUCAAACGGGUACAAUUGUGCAAUUUGCGGAUUUUUGCUUUUGUUUCUUCAAAUAACUUUCUGUGGGCUGAGCGUAAUCACGAAGCUCGGCGAGAUUGCAGCCUUUGUUUACCCAACAGUUGCCUACCAUCUUUGCUUCCUCGGUUUUCUUUUUUGUGA